AUGAAUAUGUUGGAUGAUGAAGAUGACCAAAGCUUUCACGCUACGCGUGACGGCUACUCCCAUUUGAGCGAUGUCGAAUGGGAUGCGGUUGAACGAAUGGGUUCGACCAUGGGCAUCCAUGCUGUUAGCGUCAUGCUAGAGGCUCUCAAUAGAGAUGCCCAACAUGCUACUAUCGCCAAGUUCAUUCAAAAUGAACUUGACGCAGAACGCGAGAAAGUAGCCUUGCUUCACCAACAAGGUUCUCAACAAGCAGAGUUGUUGAGAGAACAAGGUGCUCAACAGUUUGAACUGUUGAGACAGCAGCAGGCUGCUGCUGGCGGGUCGAUGCACUCGCGUCGGCCCGAGACUUUGAAGAUUGACAUCUCAAAGUAUAGAGGGGUCGAAGAAGACUCCCUCUUGAGAUGGUUCGUCGAAUUGGAUGACGCCAUAAGGGCGCGUCGCAUCGACGACGGGGAUAUGCAAGUUGCAUUUGCCCAGUCAAAUCUGGCAGGACGUGCCAAGACUUGGGCACUGGGGCUCAAGCUGCACGACCCAUACGCGUUUGGGUCGUUGGAGUCUUCAAGUCGCGGCUCAGACAAACGUUUGAACCGCCUAGAGCUGAGUUCGGGCUCGAACCGAACUCUUGAAGCUCAAGCAGGGUAA